CGGUGACAACAAAGUGGCCCACCUUAUACCAGAUAUACUCCCGGUGUUGACAAGCAACAAAUCUCAAAUUCAGAAAGUAGUGACGAAUAAGAGAUUGCUCCUCGGUGUGAUCUACAAGUAUGCAUCCAUACGCGUCGACACGGUGGAGGAUUUUGCUUACGGGUCGGCUAUUUUCCUCAAUACAAUGGAUACUACGCUGGGAAAACAGCCGCUGGCUGGCGAGGAAGUGGCCAGAAGAGCUGAAAAACUUAUCGGCCAAAUCGCAUACAGUCUUUUAUGGAAUAACUGCGAACAUUUCGUCACGUACUGCCGUUACGGGACAGCGGUCAGCCUGCAGACAGACCAGUGUUUUUAAAGUGAUCAUGGAUGAAGGCAGUACCAGUCAACCCUCUGAAAACAGUAAGAUAGACAGCUCUAAAGAAGCUGCUCUUUUGGCCCUGAUGGACAGGACAGGCUACAGCAUGGUUCAGGAAAAUGGACAGAGAAAAUUUGGUGGUCCACCUCCAGGUUGGGAGGGCCCUCCUCCUCCACGGGGUUGUGAGGUGUUUGUGGGUAAGAUCCCAAGAGACAUGUAUGAAGAUGAACUGGUGCCUGUCUUUGAGCGGGCCGGUCUCAUCUAUGAGUUUCGUCUUAUGAUGGAGUUCAGUGGGGAGAACCGCGGUUAUGCCUUCGUCAUGUACACCACCCGUGAAGCAGCCCAGCGAGCCAUCCAGCUCCUUGACAACUAUGAAAUCCGCCCAGGAAAGUUCAUAGGAGUGUGUGUGAGUCUGGACAACUGCCGCCUUUUUAUCGGCUCCAUUCCCAAAGACAAGAAAAAGGAGGAGAUCCAAGAAGAGAUGAUGAAGGUGACUGAAGGUGUGGUGGAUGUAAUUGUGUACCCCAGUGCAGUGGACAGGACGAGGAACCGUGGCUUUGCUUUUGUUGAGUAUGAAUCCCACAAGGCAGCUGCCAUGGCUCGCAGGAAACUCAUACCAGGAACGUUUCAGUUGUGGGGUCACACCAUCCAGGUUGACUGGGCAGAACCAGAAAAGGAAUUAGAUGAGGAAACCAUGCUGCGAGUGCGGGUCCUCUAUGUGCGUAAUCUCAUGCUGAGCACCACAGAGGAGACACUUCGUUCUGAGUUCUCGUACCUGAAGCCUGGCUCUGUGGAACGUGUUAAGAAGCUGACAGACUAUGCCUUCAUUCAUUUCUAUAACCGCGAGGAUGCCUUAACCGCGCUUGAAUCCAUGAAUGGGAAAGUUAUUGAUGGUUCACCCAUUGAGGUGACUCUUGCCAAGCCUGUCAGCAAAGACGCCAGCAGACGAUCUGGACCACGGUGUAGCUACAAUGGAACGGCAUCAGGUGGAAACUAUGGUGAUUCCAACCUCUUGUUCCACAGUAAAGAUGACAUGGCCAUUGGGUUGAGAAGUGGAGCAAUAGGUGAUGGGAUAGCUGCACAGCACCUCAGCCUGCCACCUCUCUUGGGCAGCCCUUAUGCAGUGGAUUCAGAUCGCUGUGUCUAUCCAUUCCUGCCAGGAUCCACUCUGGUCCCAGUGAGCCUGAGCUCCCUGAAGCCUAGCCAGCUGUGCUCAGCUAUAUCAUUGCUGGAAUACUACUGCCAUAAGAAUGACUGGUCUCCGCCAGAGUAUCACCUCUACUCCCUAUUAGGACAAGAGGGAAAAACACUGCUCAUCUAUAAAGUAGUUAUCGGCAGCACCAGGAGCAGCUACAUGCCUGAUAAAGUCUGCACUAUACUGGAGGAUGCCAAGGAGCUUGCUGCUCAGAAUGCACUCUGGAACCUGGAUUGCUCAGUGAGUUGCCCUGCCUCUCCGGUGAAUCUGUCUCCUCCUGCUCCUUCUGGCUCAGGCUUCCUGUCCUUUGGCUGUAGGUCCCUGCCUUACCCGGCAUACCCCAUAGCCUCCAUCUCACCUCCUCUGCCCAUAUCUUGCUCCUCUGCCCAGAGACUUUUUAUCCCCAACCAGUCAUCCUAUCUAUAGUCAAGUCAUACAAUGCCUGAGAGGUUUUUUUUGUUGUCUCUGAGUAUCAUAUAUAUGUUCAUAUAAGUUAUGUUUUUAGAGUUUUGCAGUUUCUGUAGUGUUGAUUUAACAGAAUGGCUAGCAAUAUAAUGUUUUUAGUGGCAGGAGUUUUUAUUAAAUUACAUACUAUAGCAUACAGUUUUUUUUAACUAGGUUGUUGUUUCUUUACCUGACUAUUUUAUUUAUUCUCUUUGGAUGUUUAUUUCAUUUUAAGUUAGAUAACUAGUGAUGUUUUCUCCUCAAGAAGUUAUAAGUUAUUUAGAAUUAGAAACACAAUGUUACACCUAGAUACAAACAUGAGAUAUUAACUGUUUAUGUUUUGAGGUUAUAAAACCAAGUGACUCUUAA